AUGCAGCCGGUUCCUUUGUACCCAUUAGUAGCUGGAUAUGCCAUGGGAUUCCUUCCAAGACUCGGUGCAACUCCGCACUUUUGUAUGUGCAUUCUCAUCGCUUGUCUAAUAUUUCAAAUCGAAAGUAUGAUAUUUUGUUUCAUCCAAAAACAUCAAGGAAUCUCCAAGACUCUUCAAAAGUUCACAAUGCCAAAUACAUUGGUCGGACUUCUGAUUACUGUAUUCGCCCUGUAUACAUUUGCAGUGGUAUGCCUUUACUAUAGAAACUGUUUGGCUCAAAAUGAGAAUAUGGCGUAUUUGAAGAAAAACUUUCCGGAAUACAUCUCCGGAUUCCAAUCACUCCCAAACUUCACCAUCUGUGAGGCGGAUAGUUAUUUCAUGAAAGUUGUUAUCUUCGCGGUGACUUGCGGAAUUAUAGUUUUCAUUGUUUUCUGUAUUAUCCUAGUUAACAUAUUCCGUAUGUUGAAUAUCCUAAAACACAAAAUAUCGAGAUCAAACUAUCGGAAACAUCGGACUGCAAUCUGGAGUCUAUUGGGACAAUUCGCCACUUCGACAGUCUGUUUUAUACCUCCUUUGUUGGUAGUUUUUGUGAUUAUAGUGGGUAUGGAUGAUUCACAAUUAAUCGUUCAACUCAUUUUGGUUGUUUCUUGUCUUCAUUCCUCUCUAAACGGGAUAGUGCUCGUGGUGACGUUUCCACCCUAUCGGAAAUUUGUGCUCUCUUUUUUGUGGAGGGGGAAGUGA